AUGCUAUUUCGAAUGCUUUUAGCUGAAGCAAUUGGAACAUUCGUCCUAACCUUCACAGUAGGGGUCUCUACAAGUGAGCCUUUUACUGUUGGAGGUGCUCUCUGGGCAGCAAUGGUUGCAACUGCAUUUGUAUCAGGAGCUCACUUCAACCCUGCAAUUACUCUUUCAAUAAUAACACGCAAGUAUAUCAACAAUACUCUUUCCCAGCCAGAGCUCGUGAAAUUUCUCUUAUACAUGGUUGUGCAGUUUUUCUCAGCUUUUAUUGCAUCAUUAUGUGCCUGGGGUAUAAUCCGAUAUCCAGUUUAUUUUGAUAUUUCUUCAGAUUAUAGCGGCUCUCAAGGAUUCUUUGCAGAAUUAAUUUACACAACAAUUCUCUGUGCGAAUGUUUUGAUGAUUGGGACUGUGAAUGAUGCGAUCGUGGUUUCUGGAGGCAUUAUUGCGCUGACAUUGACAACGGGAAACUGGGCAAUUGGGAGAAUCACUGGAGGCUGUUUUAAUCCUGCAGUUGGGCUGGGGAUUAAUUUGGCUUAUCUAUUACAUAAAGAUGACCAUUUCGGAAUUACUUGGCUUUAUAUUAUUGCACCUUACUUACUCCUCCCAACAAGCCUAGUCAUCGCUCAAUCAAAAUAAAUUAGAUAUUAACAUGAAAAUUUUUUCCAUAUAAAAUUUUAUGUAUUAGCCACAAAAGAUAGAGUAUGAAAUAUUUUAACAAAUAUAUUAGAAAUUAUAAUCGCUUUAAAUCAAUAUUCAUUAUAUCCCUCUGAUUCAUUUCUAUCAAAGAUAGGUAAUUAGAUUUAAAAUCGGAUAGGGGUGCCAAUUUAAUGCUUGACUAUGACAAUAUAGGAAUUGUUCGGUAAGGAUAGGAAUUAAUUUUUCCAUUUUUAUUGGCGUUGCUCAGUCAAGAAUGUGAGAGUUAGGAGGAAUUGUAGGUGGUGUGUUUGCAUCAAUCUUUUUGAAUGAAGUUACAGUCCAAAAGAAGAGUGUGAUUGAAAAAAGUCAAGCAGAAUAA